AUGCCUCUGAAACUCCCGAGUCUCUUGACCGGGACCCGGCCGGAUACCCAGGCUGGGUCUCCCGAGUCCCCUAACAGCCGUCAGGACAGCCAGGGAAGCAAAGAACAAGUGAUAGUCGCCGAAGUCCCAAUAACUGAAGAAAUUGUCAACGACAUCUUUGCCGGAAACGAAGCCGCCAAGGCCGCGAGCGACCAUGAACGGACAAUGACGAUGCGCUACACUAUUAAAUACUAUUACAUUGCUCUGUUUUGGGCUGCGAUGAUGGCCGCCCCUAUCAUCAUGGAGGGUUAUGAAACUGCACUGGUCCCCAGCUUCUUCUCCUUUGAGCCUUUCCAAGCGAUCUACGGCGAUUCCAUAGAAAAUGGCAAGCCCAUCGUUCGCCCUGUUUGGCAGUCGUCCAUCACUAUCGCCGCCGCUGUCGGUCAGCUCUUUGGACUCUGGCUGGCCCCCCGCGUUGUGAACCGCUUUGGAUACCGCCGCUGUACCCUUUGCGGCCUCACCUGGGCUGCCCUCUGUCUUGUCAUUGGCAUCGUGUCCACUUUCUCCGCCAAGCUUCAAAUUUACCUCGUCGGAGAACUCUUGCUUGGUGUUCCUUGGGGUCUCUUCCAAGGCAUUACCCUUCCAUACGUCUCGGAUAUCACCCCACUCAAGCUACGAGGACCAGCUUCCACAAUGAUCAACGUUUUCUGGCUCAUCGGUCAGCUCGUCUCCGCAACUAUCUUACGCAGCAUUUCUGAAAUUAAAAAUCAGGCCUGGCAGGUCAAGGCCCCCAUGUUGAUCCAAUACGCCUGGCUUUUUCCUCUAUUCGUCAUUGUGAUUCUCGCCCCGGAGAGUCCCUACUUCCUAAGUCGCCAGAGAAAGGACGAAGAGGCACGCAAUGUAUUGCGCCGCGUCAACCGCGACCCAAAAUUCGACGGACAUGGAUCUCUCGCUAUUAUCCACUGCGUCAAUGAACAUGAAAAGAAGACCACAGAGACCAUGGGAUUUCUUGACUGCUUUAAGGGUGUCAACAAGCGCCGUACUGAGAUCGCUGUCAUCAUCUACCUUACCCAGCAGCUAGUCGGCUCACCACUAGUCUUUUACUCGGUCAACGUUCUUCAAAAGGGUGGACUCCGCCAGAGCAGCGCACUCUGCGUUACCAUGGCCAUGUACGCGCUGUGCAUUGGGUCAACCCUAUCAUCCAUGGCCGCUAUGCGCUCGUGGGGUCGCCGCAAACUGUGGCUCGGUGGUCUUGCUGCCGAAGUCGGGUGCCUCGUUACCAUCGGCGUGCUCGGAUUCUUCCUCGAUUCGACAAAGGCCGUUGCUUGGUCGUCUGCUGCUGUCCUUGUUCUCUUCGCCGUUGUGUACAACUUUACCAUUGGGCCAGUUUGCUACACCAUUGUCGCUGAGACUCCGGCCACUCGCAUGAAGACUGCCACCAACUCGAUUGCUCGCGGCAUCUACAUUGUUUUCUCCAUCUGUAACCUGUUCCUCGUUCCUAAUCUCCUCGAGCCUAAGCCCCAGGGUUGGGGACUCGGAACCCGUGCUGCGCUUGUCUGGGCUGGAACCUCCUUUGCAUGCCUGUGCUGGGCCUACUUUCGACUCCCUGAGAUGAAGGAUCGCACCCCGGCCCAAAUUGACGUCAUGUUUGAGAGAGGGCUGCCGGCGCGAUCUUGGUCAAAGGCUAAGCUCUAG